AUCAAAUCUUGUGUACACAGUGGGGUGGAAAUUCUGACUUCCUGAAAUUGAUAUAUUUAUGAUUUCUUUGAGUUAUUUACUGUUUGAUGAAUGCAUUGCGUAAAAUGUCAUUUAGCCAAGUCUGAAGACAUUUCCAAAUGCCUACCAUGAGCAGUCAACCUUUUAAUGCGCCGGGAAUAGCGGAUGAUCUCAGGCAAGAUGAGACAAUUAACCAAGUUGUGGAUUCAUUAGAGUACCUGGACAAGAUCGCCAAUGAAAUAUUUAACAGAAUUCACACUCGAGUUGCCAGUAAUAGUGAUCAACUUCGAAAAAUUAAUGACAGAGUCAAUCUAGCGCAGGCUAAGAUCGAUAAAAUCAAGGGAAGUAACAAAGCAACCAAGGUGUUUGCUUCUGCGAAAUAUCCUUCCCAAAAUGCAACUGAAUUUUAUGGAACUGUAUUUGAACCUGACAGGAGUCUGAAGGAACCAAAGAGACCAAAUUAUCAUGUGCAAGCUAAACAUAGGCCAAUGGAUGAUACUCUACUCAAAGGAAAGCUGCAGUAUUACCAUGUAAAAAGCGGGAGGAGAAAGAAAGGUGAUGGGAACAAGGGAGAGGGAUUGGGAGGUCUUCCGAAGAAAAUUCCAUCUGUCAGUUCCCUCCUGCUGUUUAACACUUCAGAGAAUCCAUACAAGAAAUAUGUCAUGUUGGACCCACUGGGUGUUGUCACCAAGACCCGUACAGCGUUGGAAGAAGAAGGUUCCAUGAUGGCAGAAGCGCCAAACACCAUAAAAACUAAUGAAGAACUACAGCGUCUUCAGGCAGAUAACUAUUUUUACGUACCAGGCAUCGGGGAAGUACCAGAGUUGGAUGUGCCUGUGGCUUUGCCGAAUCUGCUAGGAGUCGCUGAUGAUGUAAUGUACAGCGCAGAACUGGGCGACUCGAUAGCACCCUCGGUGAUGGGCGGUAACAUGCCUGAACUACCCUCCGUUGUGCCUGAGGGGGAGACCGUGCCCCCAGGGCCAACAACAGGGGGAGGGACUGCCCCACCCCCACCACCUGCAGGUCCUCCACCUUCUGAGCCACCUCCUCCACCACCACCCCCUCCAGGCCCACCACCACCGCCACCCCCAGGGGACGGAGGUGCGCCACCCCCUCCUCCCCCACCUGCAGCUGGGCCCCCUCCCCCACCACCGGCGGACAUACCCAAGGAAGUUUCUGGCGGGGAUGGUGGUAGAUCCAGCUUGAUGGACGCCAUUCGUAAAGCAGGCGGCGCCGGUCAAGCCAAGCUUAAGAAUGCUAAAGAGAAAAAAGAUGAAGUGAAGAAAAAGAGGAAGGAAGAAAAAAGUGCUGGUAGCUCAGCAGUAAGCAGUGGUGGUGGUGACUUGAUGUCUGAUUUGUUUUCAAAAUUGACGAUGCGCCGUAGAGGAAUUUCCGGUGAUAAGAAAGGGGGAGCGGAUAGUUCCGAGAAAAGUGAGAGUUCAGGUGGAGCUCAUUCGGCAAUGGAUAAGAUUUCUUCUAUGAUUCCUCCUCCACCGAAGAUGGAGACAGUGGAGGAGAGCAAAGUUGUGGAUGAAGAGGAAGAUUGGGAAUAGAAUGUAAGGGGUGGUUUCAAAAUGGUAUAAUGCUUGGAUAGCAAUGAGGGGUGGUUUCAAAACGAUAUUCUGCUUGGAUGAGAAUAUGAGGGGUGGGUUCAAAAUUAAAUGGUAUAAUGCUGGGAUAACAAUAUGAGGGGUGGUUUCAAAAUGGUUUAAUUCUGCGAUAAGAAUAUGAGGAGUGGUUUCAAAAUAGUUUAAUUCUGGGAUAAGAAUAUGAGGGGUGGUUUCAAAAGGAAAAUUGGGAUUAGAAUGUGAAGGGUGGUUUCGAAAUAAUGAGUGUUGAAUUUGGAUGUGAGGGUUGGUUUGAAAAUAAUGAAUGCUGGGAUUAGAAUGCGAGGAUUUUUACAAAUCAAUGAAAAUUGGGGGAUAUUUUGGGGCGAUUUCAAAGUCAUAAAAAAAUUGGGACCAUUUCAAGCAGAUUUUUGAUAGUAUGAGAAGGAAUUAGAGGUGUGCUUGUCAAAAUGCUGAAAAUAAGUUUUGAGAAUGAUUUAAUCAUUUCAAAUUAAAUUGAGUGUGCUUCUAAGUGCAAUAUUGUGAUCAAAAUACUUACAUUUCAGAUUAUCUCACCUCUCUUAAAACCAUGUUGAAAAUAUGUUAAAUUUUUUGUUUUAUUUAAUGGAAAAAAACAACAGUAUAUAGUACUUAUGAAAUUCUGUUAAUUGUUAUGGAAAUUAUUAGACCAACAUAAUGAAUAUGAACAACAAUUAAUUAAUAAUGUUCAUUGACUUUAUUGUAUAUAUAUA